AUUCGGUAUCCGAACCUCUUUUCACACCUCCAUCGCCACCUUUGCCUCGUGGGUCUGUCUCCUUUGUUGUCUGGUGGUGUGCUCACGGUCGGAUAUCAUCCGUGGGAGGAUGUAUAAGAGUGCUGUCUGCUGCUGCUGUCUGUCUGCUCUGUCUGCUGUCUGCUCUAUCUAAUAUCUGAUCUCUCCUCCAUCACCAUCUUCAACACUCCUCAUCAUCUCUCAUCACAAUGUCGUCCGAAGUACGGAUCGAACUACCCUCUCCUCCUCCUGCUGCUCUCUCCUCUCCCUCCCCCUUCUCCUCCACCGCUCCCACCCCCGCCGUCUCCCUCAGAUCUCCCUCGACCACCGACCUCCAUGAUCCCUCCAACCGCAAAUUCUCCUUCAAAGAGAUCCCCCGCAACCGCUACAGACUCUUCUCCGCCUGCUGGACCAUCGCCGCCCUCGGCUUCAACGACGGCGCAGUCGGCGCCCUCCUUCCCUACAUCGAGUCCCAAUACAACAUAAACUACGCCGUCGUCUCCACCAUCUGGCUCGCAAACUCCAUCGGCUUCAUCUCCACCGCCUUGCUCUCCCACAUCCUCUACUCCCGCCUCGGCCGCGCGGGAAUGAUGACCCUUGGUCCUGCGCUCCUCGUCGCUAUGUACGCGCUCAUCUGCGCCGGUCCGCCGUUCGGCGUCGUCGUCCUUGCGUUCUAUGUCGGUGGGUUGGGAAUGGCGAUGGUCGUCGCGCAGGUCAACGUCUUUGCUUCGUACAUGGUCGCCACCGAGACAACCUUCGGUAUGAUCCACGGCUCCUACGGCAUCGGCGCAACCGUCUCUCCCAUCAUCGCAACAGCGAUGAUCAACCACGGCAUCAAGUGGCAUUAUUUCUACUUCAUCCUCCUUGGUUUUAACCUCCUCGGACUCGUCUUCUCCGCGCUCUGGUUCCGUGGCUGCGAUCGCGAUCUGGGUACGCUUUAUAUGCUGAAAAAGUAUCAGACCGCAAAGACGGCUAGUGCGAACUCGACCACCGUCACUCUUGUCCCUGAAGCGCAGACUCCUGCUCCUACUCCUGCCCACACCCCUGCUCCUGCCACUCAAGAAGACUACUUCUCGAUGGUCAAGGACACACCCGAGAAAGAAGAGAGAAAAGAGCGCUCAGUCUACUCCGAAGCCCUGCACUCGAAAGUCUCAUGGCUGGCCGCCUUCGUCAUUCUCUUCUACCAAGGCGCCGAGGUCUCGAUCGGCGGCUGGAUCGUCAGUUUCAUGAUUGACUACCGCGGCGGCGCUGCUUCCCAAGUCGGCUACGUCUCCGCCGGUUUCUGGGGCGGCGUGACUGUCGGCCGGUUCGUGCUCAACCCGCUCGUCAGCCGCUUCACGACACCAUACCGCGUCAUCUUCCCUCUCUGCGCGGGCGUUAUCGCGCUCGAACUCGUGACCUGGCUCGUCCCGGACGUCGUCGGCGCGUCAGUCGCUGUCGCGAUCGUGGGCCUGUUUGUAGGCCCGAUGGCGCCGUCGACGUUGACGGCGGUGUCGGACCUGCUUCCUCGUCGGAUCCAGACGUUUUCGCUUACAGUCGUGUCGGCGUUUGGAUCGAUGGGGGGUGCGCUGUGGCCGUUUAUUACGGGGAUGCUGGCGCAGAAGAAAGGGACGUUUGUUGUGCAUCCGGUUGCGAUUGCGUUGUUUGUGGGGAUGCUUGUGCUGUGGUGUUUCCUACAUACAGCAGAGAAGCUUGAUAAGAAGAGAGGUGAGGUUGAGGAGAGGGUGGAGGAGAAGGAGGUGGUUUAAUUUCUGGUUGUUUGCUCGGUGUUUUGUUAUGUCAUGUCAUGUUAUGUUGUAUAUAUUUGUACAGGAAUCUCUUAAUCAUUAAUAUCUAUUUGCUGCUAUGUUAUGUUGUAUAUAUCUGUACACGAAUAUCUAACCAUCCUUCAUCUCUAAAAGUUCUAUGCUCUGUUCUAUAA